ACGGGGGGAACAACACGAAGUGUUCAUGGAUGUCGUUAAAUCAAUUGCUGAUCUUCUUCCAAACGCCGUUCUCUUCCAAAUAGAACACUACUGCCAGUGGUUAAAACAUGUACUCGAUGACGGCAUAUAUGUAUGUUCUGUUGGCAUUAAUAUGAAGAGACUUUACAACGAACCUGAAGUGCGCACACGCAGGAUACAAGAAACAAGCAAAAGAUUUCAAAACCUGCAAGAAGAGGUAAAAAAGUCGCAAAAAAUUAAAGAAGGGGCUUUGAAACAGCUACAGUCGAUUUUGGUUGCUGAAUUCCGCGGUGCUUUAGAAGCAGACACGGAGGAAGCACAUGCCUUAAAUGUGUGGUCUGAGGCAGCGUGUCCUCACCCCCCGGGACCAGGGCGCACAUGGAAUACCGUAAAACAGGAAAUCAGUGCCAAGUUACAGACACGACUGGUGGAAUACCUGCACCCAACCAACAACGAGAGAUAUCGAGAAAAGAUCGAGACCCUUAAGGGAGAUUUUCACCAAUCUUUGAAACAAGAAUCGGUGCACUUCGUAGAUAAAUUGCAAAUAAUAGAAAGUUACCUUCUCAACGAUCCUUGCCCCAAGCGAACCAUGUUUGUUGAUCCCGGCGACAUUGCAGACUUGUUUGAAGAGAGUAUACCUGAGACGCCAUUCACACCAUCCCGCCAGAGUUUCUCGCUUCAUCAACCACAGCCAAACCCCGGUAUGCAGGAAUACAUGGCCAAAUGUUUGGACAACUACGUAGAAAGGGUAAAAACCAAUCAAUCAACUCUUCUGGACCGCCUUUCCCGUCACGCCCUUCAGGGCUGUCGGAACGAAAUCAACAUCACCUACCAACCAAUCCUGCAGUGGAUAGAUGGGAACCUUGAAAUUUUACGUCGUCUCAAGCAGGACGAAACUUUCACCGAAAGCACCGCCAAACUGCAAGAAGAGCGAACAAAGCUAGAAAGUUUAAGUCGACAGAUUCAGACUUUCUAUAUAGGCCAAGUGUGGCAACAUGAAUUUCAAGCUACGGACAUUGCCGACUGGCCUAAUUUACUGUACACCACUAACCCGGUAUCUGACGGAGGGUAUAGGAAGGUUUACCUAGCCAAUAUCGUAAAACCUGACAACACCACCUACCCCGUGGUGAUCAAAGUGGUGAAGGAGGCACUGGACGUCGAUAGUCGUCUGCCAAAUGACCUUGACAUUUAUGAAGAAUGUGAAAGAAUGAGACAGCUGACCAGAGCUGGAUGUCCAAACUUUGUCCAGUAUUAUGGUUCGGCCAAAUACAUCACCGGUGACCUCUACUAUUUAAUCCUGGUCAUGGAAUGGUGUAACCAGGGAUCACUACGUGACGUCAUCACUAACGAUUCCAAUUUGCUUCCAGGGACUAUGCAAGGUGUGGGGAACAAGGAACGCUUAGCCGGCAUCCGGUACGCGGCGGAUUACGCGAUACAGGCAGCUACCGCUAUCCAAUACUUACAUGAUGUUGGACUUGCCCAUCGAGAUAUCAAAGCUGAAAACUUUUUGAUCACGGAGAUUAACAACAGAAAAGUUGUAAAAAUCUGCGACGUUGGUGAAGCAAAGAGAGAGACCGUCUUGCGUACAGGAAAGACAGGUACUGUCCUCUACUGGGCACCAGAAUUGUGGUCUGGCGGCAGUGGCUGCGUGAGAUAUAACAAGAGUUGUGACAUCUACAGCUUCGGGCUCUUGCUGUGGGAGCUCUGGUAUGGCAGGCGAGUGUAUUACACUGGUGGCGGUGAUACUUUUAACGAGGAAAGAUUCAGGGUUGCCGUGGUUGAACGGGGCUGGAGACCCGAUUGCAACGGGCAUCUUCGGCCUGUAGCAAGGUGGCUUUCUCUCAUGCGGAGAUGCUGGGAUGCCAAAAGUGACAACCGUCCCAGAGCGGAAGAUAUCGUGAAAAAAUUUGCAGUAAUAAAUAAAUUGGCCCUUCGUGACAUAGAGAUGGAAUAUACUCAGUAGCGUAUACAGUUAAGGUGAAGGCGUCUAUGCAGAUUAAGAGUAUCCUUUGAAGUCUUAUACAGGUUAUUGCAUGUGGUGUUUUUUUAUGCUGUAAAACUGACAUUUACUUUGAUGUGAUGGAAACACAUAUUUGGCCAUAACUGAUGACCAAUUAUACGCACUCGCAUCAACUUUUCUGAUGCAAAAUACAUUACAUGAAUAUCAUUACAUAUUAACUGGGAAUAGUAUACCAUCAGGACAAAAAUCAUGCAGUGUUGAGCACUUUUUAAAUUUU